CCUUCACUCCUUCACAAUUACACCUCAUUUCAACAUAUGCAUGGCUUCACCUCCCAGAUCUGGAACUUUAAGCUUCAAUCUCUCAGAGCAGUGGCUUCUAAUGGCAGCAACAGUUCUGGUAUGUGGGUUCUUGGGUUAUGUAGUCUAUGAUGCUAUAAUGGCUACAGCAUCUGAACUGCUUCAGCGCUUGCUAGUAAUAUCUCCUCUGCUCUUAGUGAUUGUUGUUCACUGGCUCUCCUCAGGCAGCAACAUCAGCUUCCCCAUGCCAGGGUCUGAGCCUGGUGCCAUACACAGAGCCGGGGGCUCACCUUGGGGGGUAGCCUUUGUGCUCUUCCUUCUUUGCUUUCUCAUAUCGUACCAACCUUCUCUGCAUGACCUCAUCUUUUGAGGGUGGGAACUUAGAGAAGAUUUCUCCUCCUGUGUGUUUUUAACUCGAGUAGUUUCUGUAGGAGCUGAAGUCAAGUCAAGAGAGAAUCAGCUUGAUGAAUCUCUUUGUUGACGCUUGUCUUUAGUUUUGUAAAUUGUAAUGUUAACAGCAAGUACUUGAAUGUUUUCUUUCCGUUUAACUAGUUACU